GCAUUAGCAUAAGAAUAGCACCCAGCAGUUGCAGACACCCAAUUGGGCAAAACCUGCGAUUCGCUGUCUGUAUCAUCAUCCUCAUCACCCUCUCUCGAGAUUCUUCUCUUCAUCGAUUACUCAUAACUCGUUUCCCCCAUUCCUUCCUCUCUUUCUGCAUUUGCGGAAACCCUAAGUGCGCUGCUGGUUUGUUUUUGUUUUGAUGGGGGAUCACGGAAAAUCUAAAUCCGACAUUUCAUUUGCUGGCACUUUAGCAUGUAGUUCCUUUGCAGCUUGCUUUGCUGAGAUAUGUACAAUUCCAUUAGACACUGCAAAAGUCCGGCUUCAGUUGCAGAAGAAAGUUAUUGCAGGGGAUGCAUUGACUUUACCAAAAUAUAGGGGAUUGAUUGGAACUGUUGGGACCAUUGCCAGGGAAGAAGGGUUGUCUGCACUGUGGAAGGGCAUUGUGCCAGGAUUGCAUCGUCAGUGUCUAUUUGGAGGCUUAAGGAUUGGCUUGUAUGACCCUGUCAAGAACUUGUAUGUGGGCAAAGAUCACGUUGGGGAUGUGCCAUUGUCAAAGAAAAUUCUUGCUGCACUGACAACAGGUGCUCUGGGAAUCACCAUUGCCAACCCUACUGAUCUUGUUAAAGUACGACUUCAAGCCGAGGGAAAACUUCCCCCUGGUGUGCCCCGGCGAUAUUCAGGAGCACUAAAUGCUUAUUCUACCAUUGCUAGACAGGAAGGAAUUGCAGCCUUGUGGACAGGAAUUGGACCAAAUAUUGGCCGUAAUGCUAUCAUAAAUGCUGCUGAACUUGCUAGUUAUGAUCAAGUGAAGCAGACUAUUCUGAAAAUUCCCGGUUUCACCGACAAUGUUGUAACCCAUCUUUUUGCUGGGUUGGGGGCUGGUUUCUUUGCAGUCUGCAUAGGCUCUCCAGUUGAUGUGGUCAAGUCCAGAAUGAUGGGAGAUUCAGCAUACAAAAACACAUUUGAUUGCUUUGUCAAGACUUUGAAGAAUGAUGGACCUUUGGCAUUCUACAAAGGCUUUAUCCCCAACUUUGGAAGGUUAGGGUCAUGGAAUGUGAUCAUGUUCUUGACAUUAGAGCAGGCUAAAAGCUAUGUCAGAAGUUUGGAGUCUUCUUAAAACAGAGUUCACAGCUGACAGAUAUCAUCAAAAGGGAAAAGGACAUCAUCUUUAUUGAUUUUUCACAUUUUUACAAUAAAUCAUGCUAAACAAUUGAGGUGGCACUAAUCCGCAAUCACCUUCCCUUGUUUUCUUUAACUAUCCUUUUCCGGUCUAAGACCUCGAGACUUAAUCCAAGCAGCUGCUGAUUGUUAUUUGUUC